UUGAAGACAACGCAACACUGAAAAAAAUAUUUUUUAAUUUAAUUUAAAAAAAAAGGAUACCUAUACCAACAUGAAGUGGCUAGUACUGAUUAGUGUUUUGGUGAUCCUGUCGCAGUGUUCGGCGAAAAACAUUAAAAUCCAGCGUCGUCCACAGUUAAAUCACCACUUGGGCCAAGUUAAGCCCGAGACCCGAGUGGUCGGAGGCACCGACUCCCCCACUGGAUUUGCUCCAUACCAGGUGUCCAUCAUGAACACAUUUGGUGAGCACGUUUGCGGUGGCAGUAUCAUUGCUCCAGAGUGGAUCCUCACUGCCGCCCAUUGCCUGGAGUGGCCCACCCAGUAUCUGAAGAUUGUCACCGGCACCCGGGACUACACGAAACCCGGAGCAGAGUAUCUGGUAGAUGGAUCUAAGAUCCACUGCGGCCAUGACAAGCCGGCUUAUCACAAUGAUAUUGCAUUGAUCCACACGGCCAAGCCGAUAGUUUACGACGCACUGACUCAACCCAUUCAACUGGCCAAGAAGGGUAGUCUGCCCAAGGUGGGGGAUAAGCUGACUCUGACUGGAUGGGGCAGCACCAAGACCUGGGGAAGGUAUUCCACGCAGCUGCAGAAGAUCGAACUGAACUACAUCGAGCACGACAAUUGUGAGAAAAGUGUGCGAAAUGCCAACUGGUUGGGCGAAGGACAUGUGUGCACUUUCACCCAGGAGGGCGAGGGAUCCUGUCACGGCGAUUCCGGUGGUCCUUUGGUGGAUGCCAACCAAACCCUUGUCGGCGUGGUCAACUGGGGCGAAGCCUGUGCCAUUGGCUAUCCGGAUGUCUUCGGUUCGGUGGCCUACUACCACGACUGGAUCGAGCAGAUGAUGACCGAUGCGGGAACCGCCUGUUAACGGUCUAAAAGUCACCCGAGGGGUGCAAAUGCCAAAAGCGAACAAAAAUAGCAACUGCCAUUUUAUGACACUUGCGAAAUGAUCAAAUUAGCCCCUAAAUUUUAUCACUCAUAUCAUAGCCCAUAAAUUAUUUAUGAACAAAUAAAUGAGCAAUUGCGCUUCACUUUUAACUUAA